AUGGUUGGGGCUCCUUUACCACAUAUUCCUCCACCACAUAUUCCUCCAGUACCACAUAUUCCUCCAGUACCACAUAUCCCUCCACUACCUAUUCCGCCGCAUUUGAAUUCCAUUAUACAUCCAGCUUUAAAUACAAUAAGUAGAUUACCACAUUUGCUAGGGAAUAAUUUUUUACAAUCUGUAUUACAUCCUGAUUUACAUCCACAUAUCAAGACAUUACAUGAUAUUCCUAGUACAUUAGUAAAAACAGUUAGCGCGCCAGUAAGUGAGUUAAUAAAUGCCAGAUCAGAGCUCCAAGACAUGUUGCACCCAAAUGGAUCGUUUCUUAGAAGUAUCAAUGAAGCACGAGAAAAUAGAAAAGCAAGGAAAAAUCUUAAGAACAAUUUAAUGUUUCCAAUUGGGCAACCACCUAUUGUAGGAUUAGCUCAACCAAAUUUCCACAAGAAUGUUCCACUAUCGAGUAUGAUUGAACCACAUCUUCCAGUAUCUCAUCCUCCCCCUAGUGGUUAUAUGGUGCACUAUGUACCACACAAUACAGAAACAGCAUUAAAGUCUCCAACUGGUUCAUCAAAGUAAUUACCUUC